AAAUAAUAAGAAAAUGAGUUACAUUUAUUCCACGGAUGCGGCGAUCGACUGUAGCAAGGAGAACAUCGUCGAUGUCAUCGUCAAGAAUUGCAGAAAAUUCAAAGAUCAAACAGCGUUUAUCGAUUCCGAAACCGGUAACGUUUUGACGUUUCAAGGCCUUCUCGAGAAAUCGAUAAAAAUCUCUCAGAUCUUGGAACGCAAAUUCCAUUACAAAUUGGACGACGUCGUCGCUCUUCUGCUGGAAAACACGAGCGAUUUUUGGACGAUCGUUUUAGGUUGUCUUUUCAGCGGAAUCGCCGUUCACUUGUUCAACCCGAACAGCACAUCCUACGAGUUGGAGAAUUUGAUUACGCGUAGCAAACCGCGUCUGAUCUUCGCCAGCGAUCUUUCUUUGGUGAGAGCGUUGGAGACGAAACGGCAGUUCGAUUUCGUCGAGAAUGUGGUGAAAACCGGAAAACCGGAAGCGCAAAAUGAUUUCUUCUAUUUGGACGCACUCGUCGAUGCUGAGGUUAUCGACGAAGCGUUCGAACCGUUGGAGGUGGACAUGGAAUCGCAGGUGGCCAUGAUCAUGAACUCUUCCGGAACUUCCGGUCUUCCCAAGAGCGUUGAAUUGACGUACCGAAACCUGACCACAAUCCUUGGCAACGCUUGGCAUCCCAAUUGCUUGUACAAAACCCCCAAAGACACGACCGUAUCUUUCUGUCCGUUCUAUCAUAUUUCGGGUACUAUUGUAUCUCUGUUGACGAUGAUUUCUGGGAUGGUUUCGGUGAUAAUGCCCAAGUUUCACGGUAAAAAGUAUUUGGAAUUGAUCGAUGAUCAUCGCGCUACGCUUCUGGUGAUGGUGCCUCCAAUUGCCGAUUUCCUGGUGCAAUCACCCCUAGUCGCCGACUUCAAAUUGGAUAGUGUCGACGACGUCGUCUGCGGAGCGGCGCCUCUCGCUACGGAAAUCCAAAACGUCCUGUCAAAAAGGUUAAACGUCAAGGUUAGACAGAUGUACGGUUUGACGGAAGUGACCGGAAUCACCACUUUGACACCUGUCACCGGAACGUCAAAGAUUGGCGCCGUGGGUAAGGUGGUGCCGGGCAUCGUCGCCAAAAUCAGUCCGGUGAAAACGGAAGUUCCGGAAACGAUCGGAUCUUACACUUUGGGCGAGAUUUGCUUCAAAAGUCCGGCCGUCAUGAAAGGUUAUCUUCACAAUAAAACUGCGACCGACGAUAUAAUCGAUGAUGAAGGUUUCCUGCACACCGGAGAUCUGGGCUACUGCGACAACGAAGGUUACUUCUACGUCAUCGAUCGUCUGAAAGACCUGAUCAAGCACAAAGGUUUCCAAGUUCCACCGGCGGAACUCGAAGAUCUUCUCAAAUCCAACCCGGAAAUACACGACGCCGGAGUCGUCGGAAAACCAAACAGACGAACCGGUGAGAAUCCGGUGGCUUUCAUCGUCCUCAGACCCGGAUCCGAAAUGACAGAAGAUGAAGUUAAAAAAUUCAUUUCCGAUCGAUUGAGUCGCGAGAAACAACUGCACGAAGUUCAUUUCGUCGAAGCCUUACCGAAGAACUCCACGGGGAAAACAAUGAGAAGACAGCUCAGGGAAAGACUCGCUAUGGCUACGGAAGAUGAUAAUAAUAAAAUCGUUUGA